AAUGAAUAGAGAUAAUAGUGAUGAUGGAGAAAUGUCAGAAUUUUCAAUACUUGAUCCAGAAGAAUCUUACUGAAUGAUUGAUCCAGCUAAAAUGGAGCUUUAUUAUUCUGAUAACGAACCUGAAUAUUAUAAUGGCCCUAAGAAUAACAUGGAUAAGCUGCGUGAAUCCAUUACAACAAUAAAUAAGUCAGCUAAAUAUGAUGGACCUCCCACUGCUGAGUCUACCCUUGUAAACUAUAGUGUCAUCUUCGGAGCCGAAGCCUCCAUUGGCUCCACUGCUUCCAAGCUUAGAAACAAACCUGAGCUCGAAGAACACAAAUGAGAUUCACUAGACGAUGACUUCAGUGAGAAGUCAGCAGUCAGUGUCCCUCAGAGCAUCCACAAUAAAGGCAUUCGCAGACAAGGCCAAGACUCAGUCUCCUCCAGCUAUGAGACCAUUGGCGAGUUCGUUGACAUUAGCGAGUCUCAGCUGAAGAACUUGCCUGCGAACCCAGCACCGAAGAAUGCUCUGUCGUACUACAAGGGAGUGAUCCGAGGAGGAAUUACAAAUCUGAACUACAUGCUACAUGACAAAGGGUUUAUGAAGAUUGUGGGAGUGGCUCCGCUGGAGUUCGACGAUCUUCAUCCAAGAGUUAACUUGUAUAAUAAAAGAUACAACUACAAACCUAAAAGUCGAUUCCUUACCCAAUUCAAGAAGAUUAUUUGGUUCACAUACAGGAAGAAUUUCAUUGGCCUUCUAAAUAGGAAGAAAUUCCUUGAAAAAGAGGGAAUUAAUAUAGAAGAACUUAACAAGGAUAGAAAAAUUUUGACAAGUGAUACUGGAUGGGGAUGCAUGAUUAGAGUCGCCCAAAUGAUCCUUGCCAGAGUCUUCACUCAUGAAAAAGAAACUGAGAUUAGUAAAAUGAAAAUUCAUCUAGAUUAUGUAAAACAAAGCCACUGAAUGAAGAUAAAAGAUACCAUCUCAGAAAUGAAGCCUGACGAAGAAGAAACCAAAAGAGAAAUCAUAAAGUUGUUUUUAGACAAUGGAGUUGAGAAAGAAUCUCCAUUUGGGAUUCAAAAUUUCAUCGAGCAUAGCUUUUCUCUUCUCAAGAAGCUUCCUGGAGAUUGGUAUGGAGUGAGCUCAGCCUCCAAUAUUCUUCAGUCUCUGAACAAUCACUACAAGCCUUUUGCUAACCUCGAAAUUAUUAUCUGUAAUGAAUCGGGAAUCAAUGAGAAAGUAUGCUACAAUAAAUCCAUGAUUGAGUGAACAUGAAAGAAAUCAACCAAAAAGAAAGAAGAUGAAGCUUUAAUGAAAGGAUAUGACUUUGUCGGUGAUUUCUAUAAAGAUGCAAAGCUUGAGAAGAAAAAUUCCAGCAUUUGAGAAUGACAACUCUUCCAAGCAGAAUCUCCGAAGUAUGACAAAAUAGCAUGGGGUGUUAAAAGAGAUACAGAGGAUGGUGAUAUAUUUGAUUUUGAUAGGAAAAGGUCCAGGUUAAGUGAUAAUAAAAUCCUCCAAUCAAGACUCUGGCAAAAACAUCUGUUCAUUAUUGUCAAUGUAAGAAUAGGAUUUGAAGCUCCAGAAGAGCACUAUUUUCAAGUAAUCAAAGAUCUCUUUGACAUUCCGUUCUGAGUAGGGAUGAUGGGUGGAAAGAAAAACAAAGCCCUAUAUUUCGUUGGUUACCAAGAUGACAGAUUACUCUUUCUUGAUCCUCAUUAUGAACAAGAAUCAAUUUCUAAAUGAGAUUUUGAUGAUUUCAGUAUUGAAAGUUACAGCUGAUUCGUGCCUAAGACACUAGAUAUGAGGCAUCUAGACACUUGCUUAGGUGUCGGCUUCUACGUAAAAACCUGUGAUGAGUUCCAAGACCUAAAAGACAAACUGAAGGCUUUAAAAGACGAGCAUAAAGAGAAUAAUUUAGUUUCAAUAAGAUAAUAUUUCAACUAA